CACCGGUGGUACUUCCCUUUGAGGAUCACACGGUGAUGUGCAAAUUUGCAGCUCUCCGACGACGCGACCCAGCAUGAUGGUGUUGCUUCCCCGCUACCUGGUACACAUCCUUGUUAGGGAAAGAACUUAAAAUUUACAGCAGUAACAACAACAACAACAACAACAACAACAACCACCAUGUGCAACUAUAACGCUGCCGCCUUGGACGGCUAUGUCUGGUAUCUGGCAAUAGGCUCCAUGAUGCUACCCCAAUCCUAUGAAGUACGAGGCUUUCAUCCGAAGCAGAGCCAAGCAGCUGAGCUCCUCGAUUACCGUUUGGGAUUCUUUAGCUGCCAAGGGUUUGCCGAAGCCAUUCCAUCUCCAGGAGACUCGUUGCACGGAGUGAUGCAUCUUGUCAGCAUAGAGGAAAUGAGAGAACUAGACAAAAUCGAAGCAGGGUACAUUCGACGAUUGGGCAAGGCGAGACCGUACGGGAAGGACUGUUCUACUACAAAUGAACUGGUGGACGUCACGGUCUACUGCAGACCAGAAGGCGCAAACAAGGAGGAAGAAAACAAACCACCGCAUGAACGGUAUUUGGAGAUUCUUAUUGCAGGUGCCGAGCAUUUUGGCGUCGACCCCAAUUAUAUCCAGUUCCUCAAAGACCACGACCGUCAACCCAGAACGUUCCCCAGCCAAUAUCUGUCCUUUGCAGAUCCACCGGUAGGGAAACGCUUUACCAAAUUUCCCAAUCAACCUAACGACGGAAGCCUGCUGGUAUGCUUGAAUGGAAAGGUCAUUCGAAUAUCGUAUCCGCUAGACCAUGAGCACCGCAAUUUCUUCUUCAACAUGGUCCAAAAGUACGGACAUCAUUUUGAAGUGGGCAUGUCGCAAAUCGCAUUGGAUAUAAAACUUGGCUGUAUCAAGGACAUGAAAGAUUGUACUCCAGAGCUGAGCGCAUACAUCGAGGAUAGACAUUACCGUUUCAUGAAGACAAACCAUGACAUCAAAUACUACCAAGUCAUUGGUUCGUAUGAUGGUAAAAGCUGAACCAUUGUAACCAUCGUCCCCAGGAGAUCAAAAGUCGUCGAGCAGAUCAUGAUGUAUGUUUUAAAAUAUAGUAAUAAUAGUAAACGAACUUUUGUUGC